AUGGAUGUCUUCAUGGAUAAGGAUUUCAGUAUGACUGGCAACACAAGUCAUGAAACACCACGAGUAAGAAUAGAAGGAAACAAAGACCAAGGACUCAACCACAGCGACCCUUUGGACAUGUUCAUAGGCAUAGAGCUCCUUCAGCGAUACAAGCCUCUCUUCCUGCCUCUGUACUGCCUUGUAGUGGUAGUAGCUGUUGUUGGAAACUCCUUCCUUUUGGCUUGCAUCCUGGCUGACAAGAAACUCCACAAUGCCACCAACUUUUUCAUCGGUAACUUAGCAGCAGGUGACCUGUUGAUGUGUUUGACUUGUGUUCCGCUGACAGUGUCUUACGCCUUCGACAGCCAUGGCUGGGCUUUUGGAAGACCUUUCUGCCAUUUGGUUCCCUUGCUGCAGUGUGCCACAGUCUUUGCAUCAGUGCUUUCACUCACUGCUAUUGCUGUGGACCGCUAUAUUGUUGUAGCUCAUCCAGUACGGAGGAGGAUUUCUGUGUGGGGUUGCGGUGCAGUGACUUUGGGUGUCUGGCUUUUAUCUUUGGCCCUGGCCGCGCCUCCAUCUUACUACACAGACUACCUGGACCUGCGGCCCACGGGCAUUGACCUGGUAGUGUGUGAAGAAUUUUGGCCAAAUAGUGGCAAUCUGCGGCUUCUCUACUCUUGCUUCAUUUUAAUAACCUCGUAUAUGAUCCCACUGCUGUCAGUUAGCGUAUCCUACUGUGCCAUUACUAUCAGUUUGAAGCGCUAUUCAGUGCCUGGGGAGCCAUCAAACAGUCAGCAGCGCUGGAGCCAAAGGAGGAAGAAAACUUUCUCUCUGCUGGUGGCCUCAGUGCUGGCCUUUGCCCUGUGUUGGCUGCCUCUCCAGGUGCUGAACCUGUUGCUGGACUUGGACCCGGACUUCCAUAUUAUGGGCAAGCGCUACAUAAAUGUCUUACAAGUAUGUUGCCACUUAGUGGCUAUGAGUUCUGCAUGUUACAACCCUUUCAUUUAUGCCUCACUGCACAGCAAGGUGCGAAUGCACCUCAAAGGUUAUCUCUGUCCUUGCCACAACCACCAGAGAAGGAUGGUGGAGAGAUCCAGGAGUUGA